AUGCCCUUUAGGAAAUUCGCCCGUGCACUCAAGACGAGAUUCCGCAGCAAGGAAGGUGAGUGGGAGGAUAACGAGCGCAUAUCACGUCCGGAGCUACUCCACCAUUCCAACAAGUGGCUCAAAGACUUGGAUAUUGUCGAUGUCUCUGGAGCUGCAACUGCAAUGUCCAAAGAGAAUGGUGAAAAAGGGUUGAAAAGGGUGAAAAACGGGAGGUGGGAGAGAAAAGGUAGCCGCAGUAGCGUCAGUAGUGUUAAUAGCCUUGGCCGUGGUGGAAGAAAGAUCCGCAACUCACUCACCCUCGACAGUCCAUCUAGUCCACCGAGAAUGCGUACCAAGAGUAUGUUUGGCGGGGGCGCUGUGCGUUGUGAGACAGACGCUGAGGCAGAGGAAUCUCACACCCCCUCACACCCACUCAACCAAACUAACACAAGCGGCGCGCACACCUACUCUCCCCCACCAUCCUCCGACGUUCGCUCACCACGUAAGAGCGUGCCUUCUAAAACGCGCAAACGCGCUUAUACAGUGGAGGAAAAUGCUCCUCCAGUACCGCCACUGCCUGCUGAUUAUUUGUGUAUGCAUGCGUAUUAG